AUGUCUGAAUCAUUUCAAGCCUCUGAAAUUGACGCUGGACUCGCUAACAUUACCGUGAAAAAAACUCCACACCACACCACACGGAUACGUCUCUACGUCCCCACAACGGGACAAAACGGCGGCGUUUGGUCUAAAAAACUCCCUCUCGUUGUCUACUACCACGCUGGAGGAUUCAUCACCCAAGGCAUUGACCUCAAACCAGUCCACGACUCCUGCAACCUAAUGGCCCGUGAGCUCAACGUGGUCGUCGCGUCAGCUUCGUACCGGGUAGCUCCCGAGUUUAGACUCCCCGCAGCGUACGAAGACGGUGUGGACGCGGUUGAGUGGCUAAGUAACUCCUCCGAAGACGACGAGUGGAUCAAAUCUUACGCAGAUCUUUCUAACGUGCUCCUCGUUGGGACAAACUCUGGUGGUAACGUGGCUUACAACGUCGGGGUUAGACUCACCUUCAGGAACCUAACACCGUUACGUAUACGUGGGUUGAUCUUGCACGAACCCUUCUUUGGGGGGGAAAAGCGGUGCGAGUCUGAGCUCAGACACGUGAACGGUCAGGCUGUCAGAGACUUUUACUGGAAGCUUUGUCUCCCUGAGGGAGCUAGCAGAGAUCACAAGUAUUCAAAUCCGACGGUGGGAGAUGGACCUGAUGAUAUGGAGAAAAUCGGAGGGAUGAGAUGGAAGGUGAUAGUGACUGGAGAAGGAGGACGUGCGUUGAUAGAUAGGCAGAGAGAUGUGGCGAAGUUGUUGAAGGAGAAGGGUGUUGAUGUGGUGGAGCGUUUUACCGACGAUGGAGAUGGUAACAAUGCUGAGCUCGGUGAUCACUCCAGGGCUCAAACUCUGUUUGCUUCCAUCAGAAGUCUCAUUCACUCUUGUGCACCGUAA